ACCAAAUAGAAGAGUGGUAGAGAGUGAAUAUAUCCACACUCAAAAAACCAUGAGCAAGACCAUGUCUAGCUCUAGUGAAUUGGAGCAAUUCUAUGACCAAGCCAUGGAUCAUGGAUUCUCGGAUCCUAUGGCAGUCACAACAAGUGUCACAAAUAGCACCAUGGUGAGCCCAAAUAGUUCAAGUGGAACCAAUGGUCAAUUGACUCCAAAGGGUGUAUCAAAACCAAUCCGAAGGAGGUCUAGAGCUUCAAAGAAAACACCCACAACCCUCCUCAAUGCUAAUACCAGCAAUUUUAGAGCUUUGGUGCAACAAUUCACUGGUUGUCCUAGCGCAUCCAUUUCAUUUAUGAAUCAAAGAGGUCCUGUCAACUUAGAUUUUGGAAAAGGGAGAGAAGAAAAUCAAAGAGUUGUAACUUCGGUAAUGGGACCUUUUGGUAACAAUUAUUGUUAUCAGCAUCAACAAUCUCAAUCGCCACAGCAUCAUCAACUUGUAGAGCAUCAUCAGCACCAACAAUUUCAACAGCAACAAUUGGUACCACUACAAGAACAGCAAAGUAUGUACUCGUUUGGCAAUAUUGGUAAUGAUGUUUUUGCUACGUCUAGCAAUAACCCUAGACUUAACAUGGAAGGUGUUAACGGGUUUGCAUUGGAAGAUAAUGUUUCUUUGCAUGAACUAACCAUGAAUUCUUUCUCUAAUCGUGAUGAUAGGAAUAGUGGUUAUUUUGUUUGAGGAAAAAUGGUGCACAAAAUUAGUUCUUGAUCUUUAGAAUGAUCUUCAUCAAUCAUCAAUAUUCAGCUAUGUAAAGUUUUAUGCGUAACGCUAUCACGAAAAUAAGAUAUAUUUUGUAGCUACUAGAUGCAUUAUACUA